CAAAACUUAAGCAACCAAAACCAAACCAAACCAAACCAAACCCCACUUUACUUUUUCUUGCCUCUUUCUUUUAAUUUUUACUUUUUUUUUUAUGUUGUUCUUCUUCUAAUAAGAAACUUUAAUCAAAGUAUGAUUCCUCUUCUACAAAUAUGAAUUCUUUUCAACCUUGAUUUUUCAGAUUUUUUCUAGGUGGGUAUUUUUUGUUUGCUCUCCUCACCCACCCAAUUCAGGAGAGCAGGGUCAACAAUGGCAGUCUAAUUUUUUGCAAUUUUCCUUAAAAAAGAUUGCAUUUUUUUUGUUGCAAAUUUCCUAAAAGAGAUUGUAAUUUUGCAAAUUAGAAAAGUUAAAAGAUGUUUGGGUGUGAUUGUUUUCAAUGGAACAGAAGAUUAGAGUACCAAGAACUUGGCCAAUCACCUGAGCCCUUUUCUUUGCCUGCUUCUCUUCCACAGUGGCCUCAAGGUGAAGGUUUUGCCACGGGAAAAAUAUGUCUUGGAGAGUUAGAGGUUGCAAAGAUUACCAAAUUUGAAAGUGUAUGGAGUUGCAACCCAUCCCGUAGAAAUAAAAAUACAAAAGGCGUAACAUUUUAUAGGCCUGUGGAAGUCCCGGAUGGAUUCUUUUGUCUUGGUCACUAUUGCCAAUCAAAUGAUCGUCCUUUAUGGGGAUUCGUUCUUGUUGCAAGGGAGGUUAAAGAAUCAUCAAAACUUCCUGCUUUAACAAGACCGCUGAAUUAUGCAUUGGUUUGGAGCUCGGAGUGUGGUUUUAUUUGGUUGCCUAACGCUCCAACAGGCUAUAGAGCCAUGGGCCUUCUGGUCACUGAUACACCCGUUGAGCCUUCAGUUAACGACAUUCGUUGUGUUCGAUUGGAUUUAACGGAAACUUGUGAAGCGUGUGAUAUGAUACUUGAUGAUGAUUUUACAGUUUGGGAGACUAGACCUUGCAGAAGGGGUAUUUUUGGAAGAGGUGUUUGUGUUGGAACAUUUUUUAGCUGUACAUAUGGAAUUAAUGAAGAAGAUGUAGUAACCACGGCAUGUUUGAAGAAUCGAGAUCCAUCCUUAAAUGCAAUGCCUAACGUGGAGCAAAUUCAUGCCCUUAUCAAGCACUAUGGACCAACCGUGUACUUCCACCCCGAUGAGAUCUAUAUGCCCUCUUCAGUGAAGUGGUUUUUUGACAAUGGAGCACUCUUGUAUGAGAACGGGAUAAGAGAUGGUGAGAGAAUUGAUUCAGAAGGUUCACAACUUCCCAAGAAUGGUUUCAAUGACGGAAAUUAUUGGAUAGAUUUACCAAAGGAUGAAGAGAAACGAGAAUAUGUCAAGCGUGGGAAUUUAGAGAGUGCGGAGUUGUAUGUUCAUGUAAAACCGGCUUUUGGUGGUGCUUUCACCGAUAUUGUAAUGUGGGUUUUUUGCCCAUUCAACGGGCCUGCUACCCUUAAAGUCGGGUUGGCAAAUUUCUCAUUGGCUAGAGUAGGGGAGCAUGUAUGCGAUUGGGAACAUUUUACUCUUCGUGUGAGCAACUUCACGGGGGAGUUAUGGAGCGUAUACUUCUCAGAACAUAGCGGGGGUAAGUGGGUUGAUGCUACAAAUUUGGAGUACAUCAACGGAAACAAACCGAUUGUUUAUUCAUCAAAAUGUGGUCAUGCUAGUUAUGCACAUUCGGGAACUUAUCUCUUGGGCCCGUAUAAGCUCGGGAUAGGGGUGAGAAAUGAUGUUGCUAAAAGUAAAUAUUUCGUGGACUCGAGUUCUAAGUACAAGAUCAUUGCUGCUGAGUAUCUUGGAGAUGGCGUUGUUGAAGAACCGUGUUGGCUUCAGUACAUGAGAGAGUGGGGACCGACAUUGAUGUAUGAUGCACGUUCUGAGAUUGAUAAAGUAAUGAAUCAUCUUCCCAUAUUUGUAAGAUUCUCAAUGGAGAAUUUGCUGGAUAUUUUUCCAACUGAGCUUUAUGGCGAAGAAGGACCAACAGGACCCAAGGAGAAGGAUAACUGGUUCGGAGAUGAGAGAUGGUGAUCGCCAUCAAAAGGACGCAAAGGUAAUUCUUCCCCUGAAUGUUUGGAUCAGUUUGAGUGGUGUGAUGAAACUUCAGUUAGUUGAGUGUAUCAGUAUAUGUACAUAUUCAAAGAAGGGAAUUGGUGUUGCAGAAGAUAAACACGGACAUUUAACUGUGAAAUGGUUAAUUGUCAUAAUCUAGAGUGGGAUUUACCCAUAAAUCUAUUGUACACUUAUCUGUUGUAAUAUAUAACUUGCCCUUGUUUUCA